GGCUCGCUCUCACACAUAUACACACGCACACGCUCACAUACACAGCUCAGCCGGGAGCUGUUGGGCCGCGCCCCCCCACCCCCCAGCGCUCCGCGAUCAGCACCCAGGACAGCGCCACCCACCAGCGUGCGGGGGCGGGGUCCGGGCGGGGCCGGCGCCUCGUUGUCUCUCUGGAGGGUCCGGUCUGGCCGCGGAGCAGAAAGAACCGUAAAACCCUGCCGCCAUGUUCCCGGAGCCCCCAACACCUGGGCUUCCAGCGCCCGAUACGCCGCCGGACUCCAGUCGUCUCAGCCACGGCCCUGUGCCCCCCUGGGCCCUGGCCACCAUUGUGCUGGUCUCAGCCCUCCUCGUCUUCAGCUGCUGUUUCUGUCUCUACCGGAAGCGAUGUCGGAGGCGGAUGGGCAAGAAGAGCCAGACCCAAGCCCAGGUCCACCUUCAGGAAGUAAAGGAGCUGGGCCGGAGUUACAUAGACAAGGUGCAACCAGAAGUGGAGGAGCUGGAACCAGCACCAUCUGGGCCAGGGCAGCAGGUGGCAGAGAAGCAUGAACUAGGACGACUACAGUACUCACUGGAUUAUGAUUUCCAGAGUGGCCAGCUGCUGGUGGGCAUCCUGCAAGCUGAGGGACUGGCAGCCUUGGACCUAGGUGGCUCCUCUGACCCCUAUGUGCGGGUUUACCUGCUGCCAGACAAACGGAGGCGGUAUGAGACCAAGGUGCAUCGGCAGACGCUGAACCCACACUUUGGGGAGAACUUUGCUUUCAAGGUCCCCUACGUGGAGCUGGGAGGCAGGGUCCUGGUCAUGGCAGUGUACGACUUCGACCGCUUCUCCCGCAACGACGCCAUCGGGGAGGUGCGGGUCCCCAUGAGCUCUGUGGACUUGGGGCGGCCCGUGCUGGCCUGGCGGGAGCUGCAGGCCGCUCCUCGGGAGGAGCAGGAGAAACUAGGUGACAUCUGCUUCUCCCUCCGCUAUGUCCCCACGGCCGGGAAACUCACUGUCAUCGUCCUGGAGGCUAAAAACCUGAAGAAGAUGGACGUGGGAGGGCUGUCAGAUCCCUACGUCAAGGUGCACCUGCUGCAGGGCGGCAAAAAGGUGCGGAAGAAGAAAACGACCAUCAAGAAGAACACCCUGAACCCCUAUUACAACGAGGCCUUCAGCUUCGAGGUGCCCUGUGACCAGGUCCAGAAGGUCCAGGUGGAGCUGACUGUGCUGGACUACGACAAGCUGGGCAAGAACGAGGCCAUCGGGAGGGUAGCUGUAGGGGCGGCGGCCGGGGGGGCUGGCCUGCGGCACUGGGCAGACAUGCUGGCCAACCCCCGGCGGCCCAUCGCCCAGUGGCACUCGCUGCGGCCCCCUGACCGGGUGAGGCCGCCGCCAGCCCCCUGAUCCCCACCUUCAAGCCCCUGACCCCAGACUCCCAGCCAAAGCCACGCCCAUGUCCCCCCUUUAAGCUCUCUCUGAGGGCUAACGCCCCCUCCCACUCCGCCCACUCCCACCUUCUCCCCGCUCCCCUCCGUUAUGCCAAUUAUGAUAACUUGCCAACUCCCCGUUAUGCACAUACCCAGAAGCCCAGGACCUCUGGGGGCGGGGAGCGGUCUGGCCUCCCCCCAACACCCCAUGGUCCUGCCCUCUGCUUUGACAAUCAGUGAUCCCAGCCUACCAUCCCCUUGGUUUCCAACGCCCCUUUUCCUGUGCAGGAUCAACCAUUCCCAUCUCGAGUCCGAUUCCUACACCGCUCCUGGGACCAAAUAAAUACUCAGCAACUUU